UGACAUUUCCGAAAAAGAAGACGAAUAAAUAAGGUUAGUUUAUUAUUUAUUUACAAACAAUAGUUUUGAAAUAAUUCGAAAUAUGCAUAUCGUUUUACCCGCAGAUAACGAUUACUGUUGAUAAACGAUAACAAUACAUAUAUCAAUGCAAUUCUCAUAAAAUCCAGGCCAGUCAGUUGAACAUUCUGAACCACUACAAAAUGAAGAUACUUCAAACUGCGUUAUUGCUCUUUUGUGCGAAGCUCUCGGUCGCCGAUAUUUUGUAUUAUCAACCGGAGCAAGUACACAUAGCUUACGGGGCUAACGUAUUCGAAAUCGUCGUCGUUUGGUCGACGUUCAACGACACCCCCAGUUCAGUCGUUGAAUACGGUAUAGGCGGAUUGAUCCUUCGAGCGGAGGGCGAAUCCACGAAAUUCGUCGACGGGGGCCGCGAGAAACGCUCGCAGUACAUCCACAAGGUGGUUUUAAAGAACCUGACGCCUGCCAGCAAGUACCAAUACCAUUGCGGAAGCGACUUGGGCUGGUCGAAUUUGUUCUAUUUCAAGACCGCUCCCGAUUCGCCGAACUGGCAGCCCCAUUUGGCCGUUUACGGCGAUAUGGGGAACGAGAAUCCCCAAUCUUUGGUGCGAUUGCAAGAGGAAACGCAGAGGGGGCUGUACGAUGCUAUUCUACACGUAGGAGAUUUCGCAUACGAUAUGGACACUAACGACGCGCGCGUCGGAGAUGAAUUUAUGAGGCAAAUAGAAUCCAUAGCUGCUUACGUUCCCUACAUGACGUGCCCCGGAAACCACGAAGAGAGCUAUAAUUUCAGUAAUUACCGCGCCAGAUUCGCGAUGCCCGGCGCGCCGGAUUCGUCCAUGUACAGCGCAAACAUCGGUCCUUUGCACGUCAUCUCUAUAUCAACCGAAGUGUACUAUUUCUUAGACUACGGGUUGAAACCGUUAGUGUUCCAAUACCAGUGGCUCGAGGACGAUUUGGCGAGGGCCAACCUGCCCGAGAACAGGGCGAAACAACCGUGGAUAAUCGUCAUGGGACACCGACCGAUGUACUGUUCGAACACCGAUAAAGACGAUUGCACCCAUCACGAAACGAUCACCAGAGUGGGUUUACCCUUCCUGCAUUUCUUCGGUUUGGAAGAUUUGCUGUACAACUACGGCGUGGACUUGGCCAUUUGGGCGCACGAGCACUCUUACGAACGCUUGUGGCCCGUUUACAACUACACCAUUUACAACGGUAGUUACGAACAACCGUACGUUAAUCCGGGGGCUCCGGUGCAAUUCACGACCGGCUCGGCGGGUUGCAAAGAGGGCAGGGAUACUUUCAUAGCGAACUUGCCCGAUUGGUCUGCGUUUAGAUCCAACGAUUACGGUUACACGCGCUUGAAGGUUUACAACAGUUCCCAUUUGCACAUCGAGCAAGUUUCCGACGACAAGCAGGGAGAUAUUAUCGAUUCGUUUUGGAUAGUGAAAGAUAAACACGGCCUCUAUCCGGGAUCCAAGAUGGAUUGGGCCAAGGUGGACCAGAUGAGAUUGCAGAGUAUGAAUAAUUAGUUUUCAUAAGAUGGGCAAAUUCUUCGUAGUGAAACAAAGUUAGUUAAUAUAGCUUCGAAAAGCAAAUUAUUAGUAUAUGCUAGUGCUGUAUCUAACAUAUAACAUGCUCAUUAUGAGAUAUUGAUAUGUAAAGUUACCAUUUUAGUAUUUAAGUUGAUAUGUUUU